AUGGUGCAAGUCAGGAAGUUUAAGUACGACGUCAUCGGACUGACCGAGGCGUUGCGACGCCACCCAAUGAACGUUGUGUGUGACACUGAAGAAGAACAGUUCUUAGGAACAUGCGACAGUAGAGGAGUUGGUGUCCUCGUCAACACGAAUAUGGCAGUAAAUAUCGACUCUUUCGAACAACUUACAACCCGAAUCGGACGUUUACGGAUGAGAGGCUACGAAGAAGAAGUUGAACCUUUCUAUAUGGACUUGGAGAAGUUCUACAAAGAAGAUCAAACCUUCUACAAGGUCAUAAUUGGCAAUUUCAACGCCAAAAUUGGGGCCAGAAGAACGCCUCGAGAACUUCACAUCGAAAGCUACGGCCUUUAG